ACUAAAAAACUACUAUCAGCUUGACACCCAACACUGAUCCGGAUCGGAUCCAGCCAGACCCAGGACUAUGCCAGAGAUGGAGAAAGGGAGACCACCGGAAAAUAAACGCAGCAGGAAACCCGCGCACCCUGUAAAGAGGGAGAUCAACCAGGAGAUGAAGACAUUUGCAGAAAGCACCAUGAAUGAGCUCCUGGGAUGGUACGGAUACGACAAGGUAGAUCUCAGAGACUCCGAGGCCAAUGAGAUCAGAAACUACAGAGAGAGGCGUCAGCAUGUGUCUGUGCUAAAAGAAAACUCAUUGCCAAAACCCAAGAGCCUGGACACCAAAGUCAGUCACUCAGUCCUGGCCAUGAAGAGCGGAGAGAGAGAGUCCUCCAGCGUCCCUUCCUCUUCGCCCUCCUCUUCGUCGACGAGUUCAUCCCUGGCCACCCCCAAGGAGCACAAGAGUGCCCCUGUCAUUGUUCCCCUUAUAAAGCCAUCAGCAGUGGAAGACGUACAGAAUGUGCAGAUAGUGUGUGUUUGGUGCCAGAAGGAAGGUGUAAAACGCUACUCUCUAUGCAUGGGCUCAGAGCUCAAGAGCUUCUGCAGUGAAAAGUGUUUCGCCGCCUGCAGACGGGCCUACUUCAAACGCAAUAAGGCCAGAGAUGAAGACCUCCAUGGUGAGAGAUCCCCACAGCACCCCCAUACAGAGGACUCGCCCAGACUGGUGUUGAAAAUAAACAGCAAUGUCAGAUCUCUCUCCCCUGUGCCGCAGGUAUGUGAUUGGUGCAAGCACGUCCGUCAUACUAAAGAAUACCUGGACUUUGGGUCUGGCGAGGAACGACUCCAGUUCUGCAGCACCAAGUGUCUGAAUCAAUACAAGAUGGAUGUUUUCUACAGAGAAGCCCGUGCAGCUCUCACCAGCACCAGCUCCAGCCCGAGCAGAACCAGCCAGGAGGGGAGGGCGGACAGCAGUGUCACUGGGCAAAAGCUACUCACUCCUGAAUCUUGGAACAGCAACAACAGUAUAGGGGAAGCCCGUCACAGAAACCUCUCCCCUAAAGGUCCUACACUAAUACAUGCGUCAGCAGAAUCCACCUCCAUCUCCUCCUCAGAGGCAUCUUCUUCUUCUUCUUCCAAGGUCCCUGUCUCUGGGCUGAGGACCCUGGAGAGACCCAUCCAGCCUCCUCCACCUCCACCUGCUGUGGAGGUGUCACCUCACCCCGCUCCCCUUCCUCCUCUGCCUCCUCCUCGCCCCAGUCUGGAACAUCAACCAGUGCCUCAAAUCCCCAUUCCCUUCAUUAGACCUCCUCUUCAUGCUCAGGGCCUGAAAAGCCCCCUUGCCAACCCUCCCAGACACCCAGGACCCCCCUCCAGCCCCAUCCACAGACCUCCUCACUCUCCUCACCUGCAACCCCCAACCUCUUCCUCCAUAAAUCCCCCUGGACUGAUGCACCCCUUUCCAGGAGCCUAUUUCCCUGGUUUGCACUCCCCUCCUCUGAAUAUGAUGCCAAGAGGUCCCGUCCCAAUGCCUCCCAUAAUGAACUUUGGUAUUCCUUCCUUUAGCCCCCUCCUGCCCCAGCCCACUGUCCUGGUCCCAUAUCCCAUCAUUGUUCCCCUACCUGUCCCUAUACCCAUUCCUAUCCCUAUUCCAGUCCCCUCUAAGGCACCCAUAGAAACUCCGAGUCACAGUGGAGUUAUCCAGCCUGUGCCAGAGGGGGCAGACAGGAGUAGAUCCAGGGUUACCAGGCCGCCAUCCCCAGGGAUCCCAGAGGGGGACAGCAGAUUGGUAGCCAACAAAUUAGGUGCACCCUUGACUCAAGGUCUCCCCUCACCAAGUGACCCCAACUCAAGGGACACCGAUUGGGUUAAAUCAGAGAGGCCAUUCCCGUCCCCAACAUCCACACUCAAUAGUGGAACAUCCUCUCCCAGAGCACAGUAUAAUGAAUCUCCUUCCUCAGCUCCAGGGUCGGAAUCGCUGACAGACUAUAAGCAGCAGCAGUCAGAGCGACAAGUCAUCCAAAGGGUUCUUCAGCGGACCCAAGUGAAGCUGGAGCCCAGUGCCAAUGGAGUGGUGGACCUAUCAGGGCUCACAGAGUCAGGAACUGGGCAGGGUACCAGAUCAGGGCUCCACGACAUCAUCAGACCCACCUCUUCUCUACCAGAGUCCCCUUCACACGACACUGUCUACCACCACCAGGACUCCCACACUCCACCUUCACAUACCCCUCCCAGCCCCACAGGAAGCAAUCAUCCAAACGAUGUCACGCCCUCUGCUCUGAAAUCUCAGGACUACAGUCCAAAUGGGAUGUCCCCCUCAUCCGCACCCUCUAGUCCAGACUCCUCCCUACCCCAGAGAGUACCAGUGCCACCCCCUGACCCCACGAUCAGUGAGCUGGAGGCCAUCAAGGAGAACAAGUGCUCUGUUGUUGGCCCAGUGCGGGUUGAGGGCCCAGUCGGUCAGUUAGAAGAGCCCUUAGCAGUAGUUGGAGAAGUAGGGGAGGACCCCCAUGUUCCUGAUGAGGACCAUGCCUAUGCCCUGCCCACAGCGCCUAAGACAGGUGGGACCACCACCCCGCUGCUCUUGCCCAAACUCAGGGACAAGGGUAGCCUGCGGAGCCCUGCUAAUAUGCCCAGUGCUGGAGACAUGGAGCCAGCUCUCAAGAGGCGAUGCCUACGAAUCCGAGAUCAGAAUAAGUAGAGGACGGAGACUCCCUGUUUAACACUGUAUGGCAGAGCCAGAUUCAGUGCCACGCCCUCUUGUGGACAACACCAGUGCUAACACCCUCCAGCCUGUCCCUCAGCCCACCAGAGUGCUGCUCUGCCUGUAGACCAGCAGGGUGCCAACCCAGGAAGCAGUCCAGAUGGCCAUAUUAUCACAAGUCAGCAUGGGGGUGUGGAGGUGGAGGUGGAAGAGGAACACAACACAGUCACACAUUUUGACUUGGACCAAAGAGUAUCACUGGCUUGUGUGUUAUGUUGUGUUCAGUGAGAGUUUGAUAUGGAGCAUCUCAGAUCUUCUCUCCUGUCUGACAUUGCCCUAAAGUGUGUCUAUGUGUGUGUAUGCGAGUUGGCGCGGCUGCCCAGAUGCGCUCCUCCUCCCCCUCCUCCUCCUCCUCUCCUCGCUCCACACAGCAGACAGAGCUCUGAUCAGCCUUGUGUGGUCUUCUCAGAUGGAACCUGAACAUGAUCUCUUUCCAGGGGAAACGGUUUGUUUUCUCUGCCUGGCUUGCACAAAGAGCCACAUUGUUCCUCUCCCCAUAUCCCACGCUGACUCCCCACUCCAGGUUUUGGGUUACCUGGCCGACGGGGGCUCAGACUUCAGGAGCUUUUUUAUUUUUUUGACCGACGGCCAGGAAUAUAGUAUACCCUUCUCCCCUCCGCCUUUCCCCGUCCCAAUCUAAAUACGGUACACACACUAGUUCUGAGGUUUGAUUCCUCAUAACUGAUUGCCUGUGAUUCCCCACUCUGCUCACUUCCUUCAAGGGGAGGAGAGAAAUUCUGCUGAGAUUAAGACUUUAUCCUCGGGCGGUUUACACAGUCUGGCUGGGCUGUUAAGACAGACGACUGAGCAGUAUAACACAAUCUCUGAGGACAGAUGAUGCUCCCUCUGCCUCCUCUGAAACUACAUAGUGUAUAUGAGGGGACGCCUACUGAUACGCAGUAGCUGAGAUGGUCUGCAAACACUUUUAGUCGUCCUGAUGACGCUGGUACAUAAAUGUGUGAUCUGCAGACCCUCCCUCACUAUUCACCAUCCGCCUGGUCUGCCAAAGCUUUCACAGCAAAUCAGAAUUUGAAUCACUUUUAGCAGCAAGUGUCAUGCAUAUUUCAUGGGAAAUUAAAACCUUGAACAUUCAUGGCAUAGUUGAACUGAUCCUGAUUCUGAUUUUUUUUUUUCUUUAUGUUUCUGGCUCUGAUCAGAUGAAUCUUAAAAAGACAGCGAAAAAAAAAGAACAGACUUCUAAUAUUACCAAGUGUGGUAUUAUACUCAACCAUCCAAUGCUGUAGUAUGCAGCGAUCAGUAUUACAGUUCCCGCUAUCGGGGAUACCUAAUGAGAUUUGAUCCAGCUAGAUCACUUAGAGGCUUUGUCAACACUUGUCCCAUUGCAAGGUUUCAGUUUGUCUAGUUGAACGCUACACAGAUACUAUUUGAUGUUAUAUUAACUUAUGGAUGAUGCAUCUGUAGAUUUUCACAAAAAGUGCUUUAUUUCUUUUUUUUUCUUUGAUGAUUGUAUUUUGUGAGUGGUGAAGCUCUUAAAUGCCCCUUGUCUUUUUAUGUUUGUAUACUGUGUCCCCACUAGAGAGCAGUGUUUGCCUUUGUAACUUUGCACCUGCCCUUUUCUGACGUGUGAGCACCAGGGGGCCCAUAGGCAGUCUGCUGAAACCCAUACCUUUACACAGAACACUACACUGCACUCAGUGCCAACCGACUGUCAUCCAAUGCCAACUAGAUUGCUUUUCCCUCCACACCUCGCUGCCAUUAUUUUACCUUUAAAUCUGAAUAUCAUCUAUUUCAGCAGUGUCAUACCAAGAGGAGCCUCCUCUUCUUAAUGUAGAGUUCAAUAGUCCCCCCUGGGAUGAGUAGUCAUCAUGACCUUCUCCUAGAAUAACUCCAAAUGUGGCCGACCCCCCCCGCCAUCAUUCCAAAACUACAUGCCUAUCAGUUUGUGUGUGUGUUUCUAUGUUUGUGUGUGUAUGUGCCCACAGUGGCAACACAUUUGACUGUCUCCCCACUCAUUCCAGCCUCAAUCCUCACCACAGGUCACACCAUUAUGUCAGUGUCAUCCUCGGCUGGCGAGGGGACUCAUGUCAACAGCUUGUAUGAGUCUGUGAUGACAUCACUCCUUGCAAAUAGCUGCGGUGUCAACAAGUGGUCCUUGGCUCUGACGCCAGAGGCCAAAAAAAGACAUUAUUAAGACUGCCGUUAUUGGUUUUAUUGCACAUUUUAAUCAUUGCCAUGUCUGACCUUGAUACAGUGUGUGUGUGUGUGUGUGUG